AUGAAUCAGUUACGUACUGUCGUCAAUCUAAAAACGACUACAAUUCAGUCUGCUACUGCUUUCAUCAGUGGUAUUGGUUAUUAUCAUUUAUAUAUAGAAGGUCAAUUGAUUGAUCCAUCACGACGCCUAGACGUCGGAUGGACUACAUAUCAACAACGUACACUCUAUGCCUCGUAUGAUCUCACUAAAGUAAUAAACACUACUACGGGACGGAUUGGUAUCGGAAUCAUAUUGGGACAAGGCUGGUACAAUCGACAACAGUGGGCAAUUUCACUCGGUGCACGCACUGUACUCGCCGAGUAUUAUGGUCCACCUCGUGCAUUGAUGCAAUUGAAUAUUCACUAUGUCGAUGGUUCUGUUCAGUCGAUUGUCACCGAUUCUUCAUGGUUAGGUCGAGAAGGCGAACAUCGCUUUGAUUCCGUGUACAUGGGCACAACGAUGGAUCUUCGAGCAACACUUCCUUGUUGGUCAUGUGCCAAUUUCACUAAGUCUAACUCAUUGUGGAUCAAUGCUUCUACCUUGCCAUCACCGGUAAACUUCACAGCUGGUGGUCAAUUCUCACUGCAAACUAUGGAUCCUAUUCGUAUUGGUCCCAAUGCACUGCAUGUUGCCACUUCAGGUCACUCAGGUCUCCUCGCCGGAGUUCAAGGUGCUAGUCUUACUGAUGGUGGUGUACUCAAGCCUAUCUCCCAAGAUUUCGUCAAUGGUCAAAUAUUCGAUCUUGGUCAAAAUUUCGCUGGUUGGUGUAAAUUAUCCUCACUAGAUUCCACGAAAUCUACCAUUAUUCAAUUACGUUAUGCAGAACUACGAUACUCGCGUGGUGCAAAUGGCAUUGAUUUUGCUGGAUUGUACUAUGAAAAUUUAGAUAGUAUUGCUGUUAUGGACACAGUAAUCUUGAAUGGAACAGGCAAUGAAACAUUCGAACCUCUAUUUACUAGCCAUGGUUUUCGCUAUUUAUUAGAUGAUAUUGACAAGGCAGUGGAAGCCGCUCGAAAAGCUUUUCGCAUUGAUUCACCAUGGCGAAAAUUGGAACCAUCUGCACGUGGAAAUUUAAUGCGCAAAUUUGCUGAACUACUUCGUCGUGAUAUUGUAUACCUUGCGCAAUUGGAAACACUUAAUAACGGUAAACUAUUAGCAAACAGUAAGAUCGACAUCAUGGGAUCAGCUGCAUGCAUCGAUUAUUACGCUGGAUGGACCGAUAAAUUUACUGGUGAAACAAUUCCAUCAAGAUCGGACACAUUUCUGUAUACCCGACAUGAACCUGUUGGUGUCUGCGGACAAAUUAUUCCAUGGUGA